AGACCCCGGGCGCGGCGACGUGCGCAGGCGCGGUCUGCGCGGGACGUACCGACUGCUCCGGAGGGCGGACAUGUCGGGGGUUGCCGCUGUGUCGCGCUUGCUGCGCGCCCGGCGCCUGGCGCUGAACUGCACGAAGCGGCCGGCAGCAUGGCAGACAGGAGCCCGCGACUUUCACUUCACCGUUGACGGCAAUAAGAGGUCGUCCGCUAAAGUUUCAGAUGCGAUUUCUGCACAGUACCCAGUCGUGGACCAUGAGUUUGAUGCCGUGGUGGUCGGUGCAGGGGGGGCAGGCCUGCGGGCCGCGUUCGGCCUCUCCGAAGCAGGUUUCAACACGGCCUGCGUCACGAAGCUCUUCCCCACCAGGUCCCAUACUGUCGCGGCCCAGGGAGGGAUCAAUGCCGCCUUGGGGAACAUGGAGGAGGACAACUGGCGGUGGCACUUCUACGACACCGUGAAGGGCUCCGACUGGCUGGGGGACCAGGACGCCAUCCACUACAUGACGGAGCAGGCCCCCGCCUCUGUGGUGGAGCUGGAGAAUUACGGCAUGCCCUUUAGCAGAACUGAAGAUGGGAAGAUCUACCAGCGUGCCUUUGGUGGACAGAGCCUCAAGUUCGGGAAGGGCGGGCAGGCCCACCGCUGCUGCUGCGUGGCUGACCGCACGGGCCACUCGCUGCUGCACACGCUGUAUGGAAGGUCCCUGCGCUACGACACCAGCUACUUUGUGGAGUACUUCGCCCUGGACCUCCUGAUGGAGAGCGGGGAGUGCCGCGGCGUGAUCGCUCUGUGCAUAGAAGACGGGUCCAUCCACCGCAUCAGGGCCAGGAACACCGUCAUCGCCACCGGAGGCUACGGGCGCACCUACUUCAGCUGCACGUCGGCGCACACCAGCACCGGGGACGGCACCGCCAUGGUGACCAGGGCUGGCCUGCCCUGCCAGGACCUGGAGUUCGUGCAGUUCCACCCCACAGGCAUAUAUGGCGCUGGCUGUCUCAUCACGGAGGGCUGUCGUGGAGAGGGGGGCAUCCUCAUCAACAGCCAGGGUGAGAGGUUCAUGGAGCGCUAUGCCCCCGUCGCUAAGGACCUGGCAUCUAGGGACGUCGUGUCCCGGUCCAUGACCCUGGAAAUCCGCGAGGGAAGAGGCUGUGGGCCCGAGAAGGACCACGUGUACCUGCAGCUGCACCACCUGCCGCCAGAGCAGCUGGCCAUGCGCCUGCCCGGCAUCUCAGAGACGGCCAUGAUCUUUGCGGGCGUGGACGUCACCAAGGAGCCCAUCCCCGUGCUUCCCACCGUGCACUACAACAUGGGUGGCAUCCCCACCAACUACAAGGGGCAGGUUCUGAAGCACGUGAAUGGCCAGGACCAGGUUGUGCCCGGCCUGUAUGCAUGCGGGGAGGCUGCCUGCGCCUCGGUGCAUGGCGCCAACCGUCUGGGUGCAAACUCGCUCCUGGACCUGGUGGUCUUCGGCCGGGCGUGCGCCCUGAGCAUCGCAGAGUCCUGCAGACCUGGAGAUAAAGUUCCCUCAAUUAAACCAAAUGCUGGGGAAGAAUCUGUCAUGAAUCUUGACAAAUUGAGAUUUGCCAAUGGAAGCAUAAGAACAUCGGAAUUGAGACUCAACAUGCAGAAGUCGAUGCAGAGCCAUGCCGCAGUGUUCCGUGUGGGCAGUGUGCUGCAGGAAGGCUGUGAGAAGAUCAGCAGCCUCUACGGAGACCUGCGGCAUCUGAAGACGUUCGACAGGGGAAUGGUCUGGAACACUGACCUGGUGGAGACCCUGGAGCUGCAGAACCUGAUGCUUUGUGCUCUGCAGACCAUCUACGGAGCGGAGGCCCGGAAGGAGUCGCGUGGCGCCCACGCCAGGGAGGACUUCAAGGAGAGGGUUGACGAGUACGAUUACUCCAAGCCCGUCCAGGGGCAGCAGAAGAAGCCGUUUGAGCAGCACUGGAGGAAGCACACGCUCUCCUACGUCGACGUCAAGACUGGGGAGGUCACCCUGGAAUACAGACCUGUAAUCGACAGGACUUUGAACGAGACCGACUGUGCCACUGUCCCCCCAGCCAUCCGCUCCUACUGAGGAGCCUGGGGCUCCCUGCUCCUGUAACUAUGUAUAAUAGCUCACGCCCAGGUUCAGGUCAUAACCGCCCUCUUGAUUGUGUCCUUGACGGACUGAGGAGGCCAUCUGGUAGAGAUUCCUACCAGAGGCCAGUAACUUGCCAGUGAUCACCAGCCAGGAAGUGUUCCGCCUGCCUUCAUCCCUGCCUCCUUCUCGUGAAAUAAUAAAACUAGAUGAAACGUAAGUUAC